CUGGGGCACCGCCUCAGCCUCCCAACAGCCCCAACGGCAGAGGCCCGCGGGCGAGGUCAAGAUGGUGGCUCCGCGGGCGGGGGAGGCGGUGGAGGGAGGAGGAGCCAGGCCUUAGCCAGCCGAGAACACCGACACCCAGAGGCCUCCCGGGAGCCGCCGCCGCCUGCUCCUGCUCGAGAGACGCGAGCGGGCGGCGGGCGGGUCGUGAGAGACCGGGGAGGAGGGGGCGGAGUCGCCGCCUCAGCCCCCGCCCCUGGCCGCCGUCCGGGGACUGCCCCGCGCGGCCCUGCCCGGCCCGCCCAGCCCCGGUGCGGCAGCGGCUCAUGGCAGCGGUGGGGCCCCCGCAGCAGCAGGUGCGGAUGGCCCAUCAGCAGGCCUGGGCGGCGCUCGAAGUGGCGCUCCGGGUGCCCUGCCUCUACAUCAUCGACGCCAUCUUCAACUCUUACUAUGAUUCCAGCCAAAGCCGGUUCUGCAUCGGGCUCCAGAUCUUCCUCCGGCUCCUCGGUGUAUUUGUAUCCAGUAUUGUUCUGAUAUUAUCACAGCGAUCACUUUUCAAGUUUUACAUGUACAGCGCAGCCUUUCUAUUAGCUGCAACUUCAGUGUUGGUAAAUUAUUAUGCUGCUUUGCACAUUGACUUCUAUGGUGCCUACAACACAUCAGCUUUUGGAAUUGAACUGCUCCCUCGGAAAGGGCCCUCACUAUGGAUGGCACUCAUUGUUCUACAGCUAACAUUUGGAAUUGGAUACAUUACACUACUCCAAAUUCAUUCCAUCUAUUCACAAUUAAUUAUUUUGGAUCUCUUGGUUCCUGUAAUAGGCUUAAUCACAGAGCUACCAUUACACAUCCGGGAGACUUUAGUUUUUACUUCUUCCUUGAUUCUUAUAUUAAACACACUGUUUGUCUUGGCAGUGAAACUUAGGUGGUUUUAUUAUUCCACACGGUAUGUUUAUCUUUUAGUGAGGCACAUGUAUCGAAUUUAUGGAUUACAGUUAUUAAUGGAGGACACAUGGAAGAGGAUUCGUUUCCCAGAUAUACUGAGAGUCUUUUGGCUAACAAGAAUUACAGCUCAGGCUACAGUGUUAAUGUACAUUUUAAGGAUGGCAAAUGAAACUGAUUCCUUCUUUAUUUCUUGGGAUGACUUCUGGGACCUCAUUUGCAAUCUUAUAAUUAGUGGAUGUGAUUCUACACUAACUGUGCUGGGCAUGAGUGCUGUAAUUUCCUCAAUAGCCCAUUAUUUGGGCCUUGGAAUAUUGGCCUUUAUUGGAUCAACUGAAGACGACGACAGGCGACUUGGCUUUGUAGCACCUGUUUUAUUUUUUAUUUUGGCUCUUCAGACUGGUUUGAGUGGGCUAAGACCAGAAGAGAGACUUAUUCGCUUAAGUAGAAACAUGUGCCUUUUAUUAACUGCAGUCCUGCAUUUCAUCCAUGGAAUGACAGACCCCGUAUUAAUGUCUCUCAGUGCCUCUCAUGUGUCAUCUUUUCGUAGACAUUUUCCUGUGCUCUUUGUCUCUGCUUGCCUGUUUAUUCUUCCUGUUUUACUCAGUUAUGUUCUUUGGCAUCACUAUGCACUAAACACAUGGCUGUUUGCCGUUACAGCCUUCUGUGUGGAACUCUGCUUAAAAGUAAUUGUUUCUCUCACUGUUUAUACAUUAUUCAUGAUUGAUGGCUACUAUAAUGUCCUCUGGGAAAAGCUUGAUGAUUAUGUCUACUAUGUUCGUUCAACAGGAAAUAUUAUUGAAUUUAUAUUUGGAGUAGUAAUGUUUGGAAAUGGGGCUUAUACUAUGAUGUUUGAGUCAGGAAGUAAAAUUCGGGCUUGUAUGAUGUGUCUACAUGCGUAUUUUAACAUCUACUUACAAGCAAAAAAUGGCUGGAAGACAUUCAUGAAUCGUAGGACUGCUGUUAAGAAAAUUAAUUCACUUCCUGAAAUAAAAGGGAGCCGCUUACAAGAAAUAGAUGAUGUCUGUGCAAUCUGCUAUCAUGAGUUUACUACAUCUGCUCGUAUCACACCAUGUAAUCAUUAUUUCCAUGCACUUUGCCUUCGGAAAUGGCUGUACAUUCAAGAUACUUGUCCAAUGUGCCAUCAAAAAGUAUACAUCGAAGAUGAUAUCAAGGAUAAUUCAAAUAUACCUAACAACAGCGGAUUUAUUGCACCUAAUGAAAAUGCAGAGGAAGCUGUAAGAGAGGCUGCUGCCGCCGAAUCUGACAGGGAAUUAAAUGAAGAUGACAGUACAGAUUGUGAUGAUGAUGUUCAAACGGAAAGAAAUGGAGUGAUUCAGAAUACAGGUACAGGAGCUGAAGAAUUUAAUGAGGACACUGACUGAUUAAACAGCAUUUACUAAUCAUUGAGGUUAUUUGUUCAAAAUUCAGUUCAUCCAAAAUGGAGUUAAUAUGCUUCACUUCAUUGUGUAACCAAGCACAAAAACAGUCAAUGUUGAAUCUGUGAAUGGUUUUCCGUUUACUGUGAUGUGCUACUGUAAAUAUACCUCUUUAAUUACUUCUGGUCUCUUUGGUGACCUAUUUAAAUUUGUGUACAUUAUUGUACAUAGAAUAAAAUGUUUUCACGUUUUUAUGACAAAAUUUGAACAAAUAGCUUUUUAAUAGUUAUAAUAAUACGGUGCGCCAACUGUGCCAAAGAUUCCUAAAUGAAAGUGUAUAAUGCAUCUAAUUCUGGCCCCUAGUGUUUCUUUAAGAUAGGUGGGAGAAUGAAAGUGCAAAUCAAAGGAAACCACAUUAAAUCAAGGAAAUAAUUUGGACCAGAGGAUAAAGGAUAUAUUUUUAUGAACUAAGGAAAAAGUAGGCUGCCAGAAGUGAUUGAGACUUUUUUUGAAAUUUGAGAGUAGCACUGUAGUUGAGCUGAGUUCAAAAGUCAAGAUUUGGAUAUUGUGAGUUGAGAAAUAAGCAUAUAUCAGGUAUGUAUGUAUAUCAGGUAUGUAUCAACAUAUCUGGUAUGAACCAGAAUAUGUUUAAUUCUGAUGUAAAAAUCAGUAUAUUUGUUAGCCAUUCUGUGUUUGCAGCAUUGACAUAAAAUUGUCCUUUUGGACUUUUGAAGAGAUUACAAAAUUAAAUACUUGGUGAUCUCCAUUCUUUUAAGCUGAGGUAUUAAGUGACAUUAAAAAAAUCCUGGCUUUAUGGAUAAAAAUAAGGGAGAUGGUGUGCAGUGAUGUAUAAUACCUCUUUAGACAAGUUCCAGAGAAUUCCUUUAUUGAAACUAAGUUUUACCAUGAAAUCUCACAUACAUGAUGGAAAAUACAUACCAAUUACAUAUCAGGAAAAAAUACUUUAAUGGUAUUGUUAUAUAGCUCAUUGGCUAAUUCCAGUGGAUCCUCAUCUCUUACUGCUGCCAUUAUCUCCAGUAUUUGACUAAAACGGAAACAAAAAUAGAUGGUUUAAAUUUCCAAGUACAUAUUCCCUUUUAAAUUUAUCUUUUUCCACAUAAAGGAUGAUUUAGCACUUUUAAUAAGCUUAAGCGGGUAUUAAAGUUUUCAGCACUAUCAGAAAGUUUAACUGCUAGGAUAUUUAAAAUAGAGUAAUUAGAGAUUUCUGUGGUAGUUUUAUAUAUAACUAGAGCCAAAAACCAGUUUCAAAUAAAUUAUAAAGGCGGCCUAUAUUAUGGAAUUAACCUGGUAGAAAUGAGUCCUUUUAAACUGUAGGUCAUGGUAAGCUUUUAAAAAAUUGAAAGUUACAAAGAAGUACAAUGCAUGUAGGCAAGUACUAUUUCAUUUAUGUAUGUACAUGUGUAAUGCGUCAAUGUAAGCCAUGUGGGGACAGCCGUCUAAGUUUGAAAGCCAUUGCUUAGAGAACUAGUACUAAAGGGUAGCAAAAAAACUGUGGCAUAAUCACUAGCACAAUGAAAGCAAAGGAAGUUAGAAGUUAUUUACUCGGAAUAAUGUGUUUGGUAGGGGGGGAAACUGGGCUUUUUUUUCCUGUAAUACCCCUCCCUCCCCUGCCAUAGAAAGAAUAGCCCAGGUGUUAUUCUUUCAGUUUCUCUACAAUUAUCAGUAAUGUUUUCUAGCAUUCUUAUAUAUAGAUAGAAUAUUUUUAUACGUGAAUUAUAAAGUUUUAAAGUAAAAAUUAAACAUUUAAAUAUUAUUUGUCUUAAGCUUUUUGUUCCUUAAAUAUAAAACACCUAAUGGUAUUAGGGAUGGAGAUUAACUGGAACUUUUUUAUUCUGUAAAAGCACAAAAUGCUUGCUUAAUUUGUAUACUAAAUGAACUGACUAUACUAAAAUUUUGUUCUGACAGUCAAAAAUAUGCUGAAAGUAAAUCUGUUAACAUUUAAAUUGACACUAAAGAUCCAAUUUUUUUCAUAAA